AUGAUCUUCAUGAUACUGCAAAUGUUCACGACGUUAGAACAUAUGUCCAUGCAAUACUAGCUACCGUACAACCCAUAUAUUGAGUCCUACUAGGCUAUUGAGGCCCAGAAUGAGCCCCCGGCGUAUGUGGCUAUGUCGAUCAUACAGUAUGCUAUGUAUAGCGCUGAACGGCCGUCGGAGAACCUUCGAAGUUCACACAUACUUUCGCUUUCCUCGUUUCUCUUAUUGGCACUGGUUUCUAGAACUAUCUCUUGAGCAGGCCUCAGUUUGGGAAAUCUCUAGCUCGAUGUUUUCCAAGUUCCCACAAAGGAUAUCCGUGCCAUUCAAUCUUCUUGGCGAUGAAGCCAAACUUGCUUUUCGGAGCCAACCAGGCGGAAUCACAAAGUUAGCUACUGUAAAGAACAUACCGGAGUCAGACUCAUACUGGGAUCAAGUGGGUAUAUGGCCGUAUAUUCUUCUCUUUGAUUCACCUUCGGACGUUUUCUCUUUGAUAUCUACCAACGAUGUGAGACGUGCGCUGUAUGAAGCCCCGGAGAAUGUGGCUACCCUUAUCAAGGUUGUUACCUCACGAUUGUUCAACCUCGUAUCGGACCACACAUUCCCUACACCUCCGAAUGCCUCUGUUGCGUCUUUCGCGACUUCAUUCAUCAAGAGCAGCACUGGUUCGCAUGAGCGCAAUACAAACCAAGAGGUUCUUAAUUGUAUUCGAGUUCUGCAACGUAUCCUUCCAGUUAUCUUUGAAAUUGAAGGUGACACUGGGAAAUUCGAGAAGGAGGUGCUUUGGAAGAAGGUGGUAGUAGAUGAUUUUCAUGAGGUUGAUGAAGCUGCUGGAGGCCCUCAAUUCGUGAUCGAGGAUGACGAUGACGAUGAUGAAGAGCAGAAUCCUUCUGGUGCUUCCUCGCAACGUGCUUCCACUACCUCGUCUUCAAAGGCGAAAACGACCAAGACUUUGCCGUCGAUAGCUGAGAAACUCUUUACAUGCCUGGUUGAUCUUCUUUUCUGUUGUGGGUUUACUCUACCGACGAAGAUUCAGGUAGACCAUUAUAAGAUCAAUUACACCAUUUGGGAAAAGGGUGUUGGAUCCACGACCGACCCAGGACCUAGUCAACCAUACGAAAACAACAGGACCGAGGUGCUUCGCCUUCUACUAGUCCUCUUUUCGAAGCAGAUCUAUGCCCCUUCGGCUACACUCUUCACCACGCCGUCUCUGUAUACCCUUCACUAUGUCCAGAAUACCCCAAGACGUGACGUUCUGACCAUUCUGUGUUCUCUCAUCAAUACUGCUAUGAAUUCUUCGCUGGGGUCCAACAAUCAUCUAAUGAGUGGUGUUACUGGAAGGCUUCCGUAUAAUCAUCUUGUGUUCAAGGGCGAAGAUUCAAGAGCGAAUCUAGUGUCUACAUGCUUCCAGGUGCUUUUGGUUCUAUUGGAUUUCCAGAGCGGGAGUGGCAGAGACGUAGUAACGACUCAUGGCGAGAACCAAAUGACAGGUCCAACCUCUCGCAGCAAUGCGUUCCGGUAUUUCAUAGCGAAGCUGCAUAGGGCCAACGAUUUCGCUUUCAUCUUGAAUGGCACAAUUGCAAUCUUCGAAGAGCAGAUGGCAUCCAUGAACAACCUCCUACCGGGUUCCAAGAAAUCUGUUCCCUAUAUGGCGGAGACAGUAAUUUUCUUCUGGAAAAUGAUUGAACUCAACAAGAAAUUUCGUGCAUACGUGCUAGACUCGGACAAGGCUAUGGAUAUCUUAGCAUAUCUUUUCUGUUACGGGCUUGAUCUCAAAGACAAACCUGAGCAACACGGUCUGUGUCGGGCCAUCUCGUACAUUGUUCAGAGCUUGUCGGCAGAAAGAGCCUUCGGUCAGAAGCUGGCUUCGCCGAUAAAGGCCCACAUCCCGCAGAAGUGGGCAGCCUUGGGUUCAGCUGCAGACUUCUUGAUUCAGGCUGUGUACUCGAUGAUUGCGACGACUUCAGGAACAUUGAGCUCGUUGUAUCCAGCAUUUGUGAUUGCUUUGUCCAAUGCAGCACCGCAUUUCAAGAACCUUAGUGUCAAUUCGUCUGCGCGUCUUCUGCAGCUUUUCACCUCAUUCUCAAACCCGGUGUUUCUCCUGGCUGAUGAGGGACAUCCUCGUCUCUUGUUCUUUGUACUUGAGAUCUUCGACUCGGUGAUCUUGCGUAAUCUCUCGGACAACCCAAAUCUGGUAUAUGCUAUUAUACAUUCGCACAAGUCCUUCGAGGAUCUAGGUACAUUCACUCUUGCAAGAGGUCUCAGGGAAAUACGGCGUAUUCAACAGGCGAAAGAGGAACGUGCACGACAGUCAACUGGCACAGUCGACAAGGGCAAACAGAGGGCUGAAGGUGAACAGGAGCAGGGCCCGCACGAGGAGAAGGCACGUCUGCUUCGCAGCGAGCAGAGCAGCUCUGUGGAUCUUCCGAGGCAAACUGAUUCGAUUGAAACCCUUCCGGACGCAGCGCAGGCUUCUAUGAGAGAGGACGGCUCACCUCCCGCAAGUCUCCCAACAUCACCGACUGCUGCUAGUCCUCCGACACCGCAGGCGCAUUCUGUUCCAUCUGAGAAGGCUCGGGGUAAGAUGAGAGCCGGUCGGUCCAUAUCUAACGAUAUGACUGGAAGUUUGGAACAGUUGGCCGCCGCCGGCAUUGGUCGCAACGGAUUCGUCCCAACUCAGGAAUGGGUCACCUCAUGGCAACAGGGACUCCCUCUGGAUCCGAUAUUACUACUAUGCUCAGAACUCGUCCCUAAAGUGUCAGAACUUAAAGCGUCACUUAACCCCACAAAUGCGAACACUGCAAUCAUGGACUUGCUCCGCAGUGCGAACCUUGAACAGCAACUUCCCCCAGCGCCGCCUCUGACACCUCGACGAUUUGUCUGGUCCGAUGCAUCCAUAGUCUGGCUUACUUCCUUGAUCUGGGGAGAAAUAUAUAUCAAGGGCAUGACGCCGUUGGGAAUAUGGAACAACACGAGUGUUCGUCUGUUCCACGUCAAACAUACUCAGACACACCAACGUCAGAUUACGGAGGCCGUCACGAGCGUGGUGGGAGGUCUAUUGCGACGAACAGAUUCGUCUCAGUCCGUUAGGCAACGUUAGUGAGGGAUAGGGUGACGAGUUGUUUCGAUAUACACCGUGUUCUUUAUGCUUGUACUAUCAUCAUACUAUCGCAUUCUGUCAUUGGAUUUUAUGUUGUUACGUCAAUGUUGCAUUCGUACAUCCUGACUCCAUUUCUCGCCGUCGGUCGAUCACUCGAUC